UUACUGCACUAGCUCGUAUUGGGGACAUUCAAUAAUUCUACACAAUACAUCCAUAUCUCUACAUUCUGUGACGUUUGUCUUUUAUCAUUGAUGGUUCAGUGACUCUCAUUGGGGUUGACCGCCUCAUAUCUCGUCUCAACAGCUUUUUUCUGUAUUUUAUAUUAAUCAACAUUCAAUGUCACAUUCAAUUAGUCAAUGAUCCAAUGGAAUCUCUUACAGAAGUGAUUGAACACCAUCCAGAUCUCACCAUGUCAGACACGGUCCCCCUGGAACAGAGGUACAAGGCCAGCAUGGUCCUGAGUGGAGCAGGAGAUGCCCUGGGCUGCAACCAUGGUACCUGGGAAUUUGAAAAUGAUGGAGUGUUAAUACAUGAGCAAGUUCAGAAGAGAGGAGGUCUAGAGAAGCUGGAUGCCAUAGACUUCCCUGUUAGUGAUGACACCGUCAUGCACCUGGCUACAGCUGAGGCUCUGGUCAAGGUAGGGGAGGGGGAAGGGGCGUCCCUCCCUGUGCUGUAUCGAGCCCUGGUGGAGAAGUACAUUGUAAGCAUGACAGACAUGGCUGGAAGAGGAGCAGGGGACCUACGUGGUUCUGGUACCGGUUCUGUGGACACCCACCAUGCUCUACGUGAGGGGCACCCUGCCUGUGGACACAGACUCAUGGAGGUCCUGGACAAAGCCAAGGAGUACGUCAGGCAUUCGGGCAAUUGUGUGGAGCUGAACAUGGCGCACUGGGACUACUUUGGAAUUCAGUGGAAAUCCUAUUUAGAAAAGAGAGGCAUUCUGGAUGGAAAGAGCAAACCUCAGUUCCCAGACUUCUACGGUGUGAAGGAGAGGGAGAGUUUCUAUAGGGCGGUGAGCUUCAAGGGUUGUGGUGGCGCCAGUGGGCAUGAUGCUCCCAUGAUAGCUUACGAUGCCCUCCUGAGGGCAGGCGACUCCUGGGUUGAGCUGGCCAAUCAUGGCUUCUUCCAUGGCGGGGACAGCGACUCCACGGCCGUGAUCGCUGCUGCCUGGUGGGGCGCACUGUUCGGCUUCAGAGGGGUGCCAGAGAUCAACUACCAGAGGCUUGAGUACCGUGACAGACUAUCCAAACUAGGGGAACGGCUAUACAAGCUCAGGGGGAAACAUCUAGGUUCUUUGAAAGAGUGAAGUAAAUGAAACCAAGAUGGUUAAAGGUGAAAUUCAUUACAUAUCCUGCAGAUGAUCAGUCAUUUCUCCUUUUUUGACACUAAUUUUGUAUCCCUUGGUUUUUUAUUACAUAUUUUUAAAGAAUAUGACUGGAUCUGGAAAGAUUUAUAGAGUAUUUAUGAUCUCAAACUGUAGUCUACCUACUGACUAGGAGAUGGAGUCAUACGCAGCUGCAGAAUUUGCUGUAUAAUUACAAACAUUUUAUUUUAUGGCAACGUAAAAUGUUUAAUUACCAGCCUAUAAUCAAUCCUUCACUAACAUACAUUACUGCUACAGUUGUGCUAUUAUUGUAGCACAUUAGCUAUGGCAGAGUGUAAAAAUGGAUUGCUUUACUUCAGAUUAGAUUGACGUUAUUGUGUACAUCUUCAAAAUGGAGACUACACGUAUGGUGGUGACCAGAGGGUGGCAAUGUAACUUAACAAAUCACUCUUGAAACUCCCUCCUCUCUCCCCGUCUCUCAAUUCAAUUUCAAUAUAAGGUCUUUAUUGGCAUGGAAAACAUAUGGUUCCAUUGCCAAAGCAAGUGAAAUAGAUAAAAGUGAAGAAAAAAUAUAUAUAAAAAAAAUGAACAGUUAAUAUUAGACUCACAAAAGUUCAGAUGUCAUAUUAUCCCUAUAUACAGUGUUGCAACGAUACAAAUAGUUAAAGUACAAAAGGGAAAAUAAAUAAAUCAUAUUUACACUGGUGAUUUUUCUUCACUGGUUCCCUCCCUGAAAAAUAUGCUGUUCUCCUUUCUGUAGCUUGAUUUUCCAGUGAAACCUGUUUAACAGUGUGGCUUCUAUCCCAUAUCAGCUUGUUAUAGGAAAGUGGUUGCAAUCAUCACUGUAGAAAAUUAUGAACAAUUUAAACGUGAACUGUAUGUCUGGCUCAGUCUUUGAUAUCCUUAAAGUAAUUUUUCCUAUCUGCUGAUAAGUUAAGAUAGGGCAAUUCCACUCUAGAUUGUUCUGGUAGUUCUCACAUAAGAACUUCAUUGGGAGGAAGGAUAUUUACAGAGGAAUUGCCAUUUUAGGCCCUUUUUAGACCUAUUCACGCCUCCUGCAAGACCCUGUGAUCUGUGAACUGUACAUGAUACAGACACAUCUUGGUGUCAUUAUACUCCAUAUAGUUUUCCCUCAAAUAUGGAGUACUGUAUGUCUAGAUUCUGAAAUACGAUAAAGGCUCUAUAUAAUACUUGAUGCUUUCUUGAAUUUGUAUUGGAUUUGGGGACUGUGAAAAGACCCCAGGUGGCAAGUCUGGUGGGGUACAGUUAAAUUCUGACAUUUACAUACACUUCGGUUGGAGUCAUUAAAACUUGUUUUUCAACCACUCCACACAUUUCUUGUUAAACUAUAGUUUUGGCAA